AAUAGGGAUUGUUGAUCGGAAAGACUGUAUAUUAGUUCGCGACCGCUAUUCCGCUGCAAAAUCGAUAAAAGAUCCCACAUUCAUUUCAGAGCUGGGGAAAAAAGGCUUUGAAAAGUCACUGUUCGCAUAUCCAUUACAAGCCAGAGAAGGCGAAGUUCAGAAAUUAGAAUUUGGCAUAAAACUAUGCCAACUUGGAUCGAAGAAUCGUCGUGGUCCUGAAGACAAACACUAAUAACAUUAUGUAGUCAAAGGCAUAACAGUUUGUGUGCCGAGAACAUUCAAUUGCUUUGGCCCUGACGUAUACCGAAAUAUAUUCCACAGGUGUUUGAAGUUUGAAGUUUCAACUUUUAACAGAAAUGGCCUCAAUAAAAUGGCUCCUGAAGGACGUUGUAUUGUUGUUUUUGAUUGGAUGUGUACCCGGUUUCGUCAGCCAACAACUCACGUGCCCCCAGCCCGUCAACAGCGUGCCAUGGCAGACGGAAAAACCCGAUGUUUACGUACAAUGGGGAUUCGGAAAUUUUACCUGUCAUACAGUGAUGUCGUGUUUUGGAUACACGCACGUGCCAAACGACCACAUUGAGCCGCAGCUGGUACCAGUCGAAAUACAGCAGGGGACGAAACUCAAGUUUAUUCCAGGCCGCAUUCCUGGGGUGGAUUUCCCCAUCCAGCCGUUCAGGGUCGAUCUUGAGGGAUUCCAGGCGUGUAAUGUCAGCCGAGGUCAGCCAGUUAUAGACCACGAAGAGAACGAAACGUUUGACGUGUCCAGCGAAUUCCUCCAACCUGGGGUCAAUUAUUUCAUAGUUGAUCUGGACAACAGACCUCUCAUCCAGUGUAAAUUUGGACUUCGUCUGAACGUGACUGUCAAACGAAACAUGUGCAAGAACGGGUAUGUCACAUGCUCCGGAAGAGGACAGUGCGUCACUAAAAAGGGAGAGAAGCACUUUACCUGUUCCUGCUGUGGCCAGUUCAAGGGAGACUACUGCGACACGUACGACGCCUGUCUGAGUUACCCUUGUCACAAUGGCAGCACUUGCGAACACCGAGACGAAGAGAAAGACAAGUUUAUCUGCAAGUGCAGGCUAGGUUACAAAGGAAAGAUGUGCGAAGAAAGAGUAGGGAACCUGUGUGAGUUGUCUCCCUGUAUGAACAACGCCACGUGCUCGGGUGACAUGGACCACUUCACGUGUCAGUGUCUACCUGGCUUCACGGGCUCGCACUGCGAGGUCAACGUCAACGAGUGCGCCUCGAGGCCGUGUCAAAACAACGGAAUGUGCGUCGACGACGUCAACUCGUACCGGUGCUUCUGUGUCCCUGGAUUCUACAGCGAGAACUGUGAAAAUGAGUAUAACGAAUGCCAAUCGAACCCCUGUGAAAAUGGCGGCGUCUGUAUUGAUAAGAGAGACACAUAUGAAUGUCACUGUCCAAUGGGCUUCAACGGUCUAAACUGCUCACAAAAGGUCCAUCUCUGCCAGUCAAAUCCAUGUUUCAACCAGAGCGCCUGUGAGGACAAUGGACGGACGUACAGGUGUCGCUGCAGGGCUGGCUUCAUGGGAAGUCACUGCGAGGUGAACAUCAAUGAGUGCCAGUCCAGACCAUGUCUGCAUGACGCCACCUGUCGGGACCUCAUCAAUGGCUACCAGUGUCUCUGUCGCGAAAUGCAUGCCGGUCCAAACUGCCAGUAUACACUUGACAUGUUCGCGCCAUUCCUGGAAGGCAAGCCUCAGACUCUGGCCGAGCAGAAGUAUCACGUGCGCAACCUGUACAUCGUGGCCGGCACCCUGUCCGGCGCCAUCCUCAUGGUCGUCGUCGUCUUGUCCGGCUGCUACUGCCGCAUGCACGAGACGUACAAGAGAUUCAGCUUCAAGAGACUCAAGUACAGACGACAGAACAAUGAGAUCUGUGAGACCAAUCGAAACGUGAGCAGCGUGGCGUGUCCGCGGUUGUCUAUUGAUGCGAUCUGGGAGGCGACCAGUCUUAGCUACGAUACGAACCAGCUCAACUCUCCUCUCCAUCAACAGUCGUUAAAACCACAGAAAAUAUGACGAGUUUUUCAUAUACCGUAAAUCCUUCAAUAGAGGCCUGCCUUGAAUAGAAGCCUGCCUCGAUUAGAGCAUUUCGAAUAAAAUAAAGGCCUGCCUUGGAUAGAAGCCUGCCUUGAAUAGAAAGCUGCCUUAUUUAGAGGCCAGUUUCUGCUACUGUAGCUAUGUCAGGUUAAUACCCAUUUUUCAUAUACCGUAAAUUUUUCAAUAGAUGCCUGCCUUUAAUAAAAGCUUGCCUCGAUUUGAGCAUUUCGAGCAAAAUAAAGGCCUGCCUUGAAUUGAGGCCUGCCUUGAAUAGAAACCUGCCUUAUUUAUAGGCCAGUUUCUGCUACUGUAGUUUUGUCAGGUUAAUGCCAUUUUUUUCAAAUACUGUUAAUCUUUCAAUUGAGGCCUGCCUUGAAUAGAAGCCUGCCUCGGUUAGAGCAUGUCGAACAAAAUAAAGGCCUGCCUUGAAUAGAAGGCCAGUUUCUGCUACUGUAGCUUUGUCACGUUAAUGCCCAUUUUUUCAUAUACCAUUAAUCUUUCAAUAUAGGCCUGCCUUGAAUAGAGCGGUGUGAAAGAAAAAAAACACCCACAGAUAUAGGCUUGCCUUGAAUAGAAGCCCAUCUUAUACAAAGGCCAGUUUGUACCUGUAGCCUUGUCGGGUUCAUGCCCACGUUUUACUCGCCGCCCGUCAAAAGUUCACAACAACAUGGAGAUAACAAUAAGAAAGGGGCAGUUUCCAUUUCUCGGUGAAGUAAGAGGUUUGGAGGCUUACAUUGGAAUAUAACCUUACAACAAAUCUAUGUUGGGAAAUGUUGCACGCAAAAAAUAGAAGCUUGCCUUGGAACAGAGGCGGGUCUCGGAGCGUCACCAGAGGGGGAAAAGGGCCUAGGCUUUUAUUGCAGGGUUUACGGUAUGUUAAACUGUAUUUGUAAUUCACUACUUACAGAGAGAUAUACUGGUAUUUCAUCGCACAGCAUCAACAACCGCAGAACCAGCGUGGGACACUUAUAUAUCCACUAAUUUACUUACAUUCAUUUGGUUUUCAUUUUCGACGUAAUAAACGUUAAAGGGACAUACCCUAGUUUUAAACACUAAGGCAUAUUUUUAACUAUUAUAACUGUUUUUGAUAACUUAAAUCAUACUUUACUGAGAUUUUAUUGUUUAUAUUACCAAUUUCCGUAC